AUGGCGCUGGGACUACAGCGCGCAAGGUCGAGCACGGAGCUGCGCAAGGAGAAGUCCCGGGAUGCGGCCCGCAGCCGGCGCAGCCAGGAGACCGAGGUGCUGUACCAGCUGGCGCACACGCUGCCCUUCGCGCGCGGGGUCAGCGCCCACCUGGACAAGGCCUCCAUCAUGCGCCUCACCAUCAGCUACCUGCGCAUGCACCGCCUCUGCACCGCAGGGGAGUGGAGCCAGGUGGGAGCAGGGGGCGAACCGCUGGAUGCCUGCUACCUGAAGGCCCUGGAGGGCUUUGUUAUGGUGCUCACCGCCGAGGGAGACAUGGCUUACCUGUCAGAAAAUGUCAGCAAACACCUGGGCCUCAGUCAGCUGGAGCUGAUUGGACACAAUAUCUUUGAUUUUAUCCAUCCCUGUGACCAAGAGGAACUUCAAGAUGCCCUGACCCCCCGGCAGAGCCUGUCCAAAAAGAAGCCGGAGGCCCCCACGGGGCGGUGCUUCUCCUUGCGCAUGAAGAGCACCCUCAGCAGCCGCGGGCGCACCCUCAAUCUCAAGGCGGCCACCUGGAAGGUACUACACUGUUCUGGACACAUGAGGGUCUACAAGCCCCCAGCACAGACUUCCCCGGCCGGGAGUCCCAACUUGGAGCCCCCCCUGCAAUGCCUGGUGCUAAUCUGUGAAGCCAUCCCCCACCCUGGCAGCCUAGAGCCCCCGUUGGGCCGAGGGGCCUUCCUCAGCCGCCACAGCCUGGACAUGAAAUUCACCUACUGUGAUGAGAGGAUCGCGGAGGUUGCCGGCUACAGCCCCGACGACCUGAUUGGCUGUUCCGCCUACGAGUACAUCCACGCGCUGGACUCGGAUGCAGUCGGCCAGAGCAUCCAUACGUUGCUGAGCAAGGGCCAGGCAGUAACGGGGCAGUACCGCUUCCUGGCCCGGAGUGGUGGCUACCUGUGGACCCAGACCCAGGCCACAGUGGUGUCAGGGGGCCGGGGUCCCCAAUCUGAGAGUAUCGUCUGCGUCCACUUCCUGAUCAGCCGAGUGGAAGAGACCGAAGUGGUGCUGUCCUUGGAGCAAACGGAGCGACACUCUCGCAGACACGUUCAGCGGGGCAGCCCCUCUCAGAAGGAUGCCCCUAAUCCUGGGGACAGACUUGACGCCUCUGGCCCCCAGAUCCUGGCUUUCCUGCACCCCCCUGCCCUGAGUGAGGCCGCCCUGGCCGCUGACCCCCGUCGGUUCUGUAGCCCUGACCUCCGUCGCCUCCUGGCACCAAUCCUGGACGGGACUUCAGUAGCUGCUACCCCCAGCGCACCCCCAGCCACACGGCGCCCCCAGAGUCCUCUUCCGGCUGAUCUCCCAGAUGAGCUCCUUGUGGACAUGGAGAAUGCACACAAAGUCUUGGCCUCUGGGAAAGACCUGCAGACAGUGGAGACAGAUCUAGAUAUCACUCAGGACGUCGAUGCUCUGGAUUUGGAGAUGCUGGCCCCCUACAUCUCCAUGGAUGAUGACUUUCAGCUCAACUCCAGCGAGCAGCUACCCAGGGCCUACCACAGACCUCCAGGGGCUGUCCCCCGGCCCCGUGCUCGGAGCUUCCACGGCAUGUCACCCCCAACCCCUGAGACCUCCCUGCUGCCCCGCUGGGGGAGUGACCCCCGGCUGAGUUGCUCCAGCCCUUCCAGAGGGGACCCCUCAGCAUCCUCCCCCAUGGUUGGGGCUCGGAAGAGGGCCCUGGUCCCGAGCUCAGAAGACGAGGCAGAGAAGGUGGAGUUCCUGGGCAUCAGGCCCCCCAAACGGCCCCCCAGCCUAGAACCUGAAAACUUCCUAUUGCCUCCCCUCAGCCUGAGCUUCCUUCUGACGGGAGGACCAGCCCCAGGGAGCCGGCAGGAUCCCACCACCCACCUCCUGGAACUGAAUGAGCCCCUGGGCCCGGGCCCCUCCCUGCUCUCUCUCUACCCGGACGAGGAUGCGCCCCAGCCCAGGAGCCACUUUCAGCUAGCGGCAGGCUUGGCCCAGGCCAACUGAGUCAGGUGCUCCUCUCAUCUCCUUUCUCCU